AUGCUGGGGGACCUGUUAUUUUUUCUGAGGAGUUUCCAUGGGUUUCUUGCUUCUUCUGGCACCACAGGAGCCAUCUUGGCUUGGUUGAUAAGCUUUAAGCCAGCCUUGUUUGGCUUCCUCUUCCUUCUGCUAUUGCUCAGCAACUGGCUAGUCAAGCAUGAACUCAGUCAGGCUCCCUGCCAGCCCCAGACGGUGGCAGAAAAAGCAACAGCUCCAGAAGUCAACCCCAAUUACGCCACGGACAGAGAGUUGGAGAAAAUGAAUGUUUGCUUCGCUCUCCAGGAUAAGGUCCUGGAGCGGCUGUUGUUCAGCGAGAUGAAGCUGAAGGCCUUGGAAAAUCAGAUGUUCAUCAUAUGGAAUAAACUUAAUCACCGCCGGUGGCACAGCAGACACCGGAACUUCUCCAGGAGGUGGCACAGGAAAAGAAGGAAUGACUCUGCUUUCUCCAUCGUCUCUAACUACACCCCCACUGAAUGCGACUGA